CCCACCCCACUCUCCCUUGCCCCAUCAACCCCCUUCUCCCCUCCCAACAAUGAAGAGCCAGUCUUUCACAAUUCACAGGAUCAAGGAAAACUGAUCCGUUAUGGCUUUUUGGAGCUCCGCAUGGCUUUGCUUUCUACUAGCUUCCCUCUCCCCGGCCUUUCUCACAGCUGGUUUUCGGAUCCCAGAAGAGGAGGGCAGAUCCGAAUCCGAUUUGGUAACGGAUCUUCCGGGACAACCACGGGUCGGAUUCAAACACUAUUCCGGGUAUGUACCCGUUGGAGUGAAGAAAGAGAAGGCUUUGUUCUACUGGUUCUUUGAAGCCGAAGGUGGCGCCGAAGGCAAGCCGCUUCUUCUCUGGCUUAACGGAGGGCCCGGUUGCUCAUCGGUGGCAUAUGGUGCGGUUCAAGAACUAGGUCCCUUCCUUGUCCGAAGCACUACACCCAAUCUCUCCCUCAAUCCCUACUCCUGGAACAAGGUGGCCAACCUUCUGUUUCUUGAAUCUCCGGUAGGAGUCGGUUUCUCCUAUACUAACCAGUCUGCCGAUCUCGAAGAGCUCGGUGAUCGCAUCACUGCCGAAGACUCCUACCUCUUUCUUCUCGGUUGGUUUGAUAAGUUCCCCGCUUUCAAGUCACAUGACUUCUACAUUGCCGGAGAAAGCUACGCAGGACAUUAUGUUCCACAACUAGUGGAGCUCAUCUAUGAUAGGAACAAAUAUGACAGAUCAAAGAUCAACAUCAAAGGUCUCAUGAUAGGAAAUGCAGUGCUGAACGAUGAAACGGAUGACAUGGGAAUGGUGGAGUAUGCUUGGAGCCAUGCCAUUAUAUCAGACAAGGUUUAUAACACUAUCAAGAAGGAGUGCAGCUUCUUUGGAUUAAGGAAAAAUGACACAAAGGCAUGCCUUCCGGCAAUCCGGGCCUUCGCCCAAGCAUACUCCGACAUUGAUAUUUAUAGUAUAUAUACUCCGGUGUGCCUUUCAUCCCUCAUUACAUCCCCUCACCGGCCUAAGAAGCUCAAACUUGGUCCUCGCUUUCUCUCCUUGCACGAAAGGUGGCGUAGACUUGGGUGGAGAAUGCUAUCAGGUUAUGAUCCAUGCACAGAAGAAUACGUGGAGAGCUACCUCAACAGGGAGGAUGUGCAGAAGGCUUUACAUGCCAACAUCACUCACCUCCCUUACCCAUAUUCAUCUUGCAGUGAAGCCAUAGUUGGAUGGAAAGACUCACCACCAUCUAUGCUCCCCAUCGUAAACAAGCUAAUGAAGGCUGGACUAAGGGUAUGGGUCUACAGUGGAGAUAUGGAUGGGAGGGUGCCGGUGACAUCAACAAGGUAUAGCAUCAACAAGAUGGGAAUGAAAGUGAAGAAGAAGAAAGAGAGAAAGAAAAAGAAUAAAGAAGAGGAUGAAGAAUUGGGAGGUUGGAAGCCAUGGUUCUACGAGGAUCAAGUGGCCGGUUGGGUGGUCGAAUAUGAAGAAGGACUCACCUUUGCCACUGUGCGUGGCGCCGGCCACCAAGUCCCUGUACUCACUCCGGAUCGUGCGCUCUCUCUUCUCUCUCAUUUUCUUGAUGGCAAAUCAUUGCCUUUGUCUCGCUCCUUUUAGCUUUUAUAUUAUUACAUCUUCUUCUUCUUGUUUCUUUUCUGUUUUGUUUGCUUGCUUGAUUAUAGUAGGUAAAUAUUAUUUUCUCUUCACUCUUGGCAACAAAGUUGUUGAGUUAGAAUUGAUUAUUUGUUUCAACAACUUUAUUUAAGUGGGAAAUAAUGUUUGAUUGCUUUC